AUGUCAAAUCGCAAAGCGAAACUUCCCUCGCAUUUUUGCGAAUGGGUAGUUGGAACAACAAUCGAAUCUGUUAUCGGCGCCAUCCCUCAGAAUAAACCCCCUAAGAAGCGAGACGUCGUGCGUGUUGAGGUCACCACUGAUGAUGAGUCCGAAGAGGACACCGUCAAGAUCACCUACCCGCGCACUGGACGCACCUAUACACCUCCUCCGCCUGCCAACGAAGCAAAGACCGAGGCCAAGAAGGUCCGGUUUGACUUUCGCCAAAAUGGUCCCAUCAAAUCAGCUAUGAAGCAGACCACUACCGCAACUCCCAUGGUGGACUCCUCAGAUGAGGCAUCCGAAUCCGGACCAGAAACCGAGUCAGACUCCAGUCAGUCGGCAUACAUAUCAAGCUCUGACGCCACAGAUUCUGAUAUUGACUACUCAGUUGAGUGCGUGAAACACCAAAAGCAGAGAAAGAAGAAGCGCAGACAGUCACAGGCCGAAGAAGACGCUGAGAGUGACUGGGACUCUGACCCAGCACCAAAUUGUCCCUGUGGGAGAUGUACAAAGGGUCGACAGAUACUGAAAAGAGUAGGCCGGAAAAGGAGCAAGGAAAUCACACCGCCAAGCCCCGAAACUUCUGAUUCGGAUGAAGAAGAAGAACCCCCCAACACCAAGCGACAAUCUGGUAAGAACAAGAGGAGGUGUCUUAAAAAAGCAAAACCAGCAGAGCCUGACCCCGAUACUUCUGACUCAGAUUCAGAGUCUGAGAUCCUAGCACUUAAGAAACGGAGCCAAACCAAAAAUCAAGGCAAGCAGACAGAUGGAAAGAAACAGCAAACCGCACCCCAGCCUCCUAUGACCAAGAAGCAACGAAAAGCGAUGAACAAAAAGGCUAAGCAGCAGCAAGAGCAAGAAGUUGAAGGAGAAACAUCUGACUCACCCAAGGAAGCAGAGGAGGAAACUGAGCCAGAAGAGGAGCCCAAGAAACAGAACAAAGGCAAGCAGAAGAAUAACAAGAAGCAGAAAGGAAAACAAGCAAAACAGAAGACACAGGAAUCAGAAAAUGAAGCCAAUAAAGACCAAGAGGCUGCCCCAGCUGAUGAGGCCCCCGAAGCUCCCAAAGACACAAAUCAAGGCAAGUUCAGAACUAUGAAAGGAAAAGCAAAGGCACAGCCUAAACAAAAGGAUGGAGUCAAGAAGGGCAAUUAUCCCGAAGGACUACCAGUUCCCCAUAUGCGUCCACCACAGUUUGUCGAGCCCAUCAGAGCUCAGGUCGUUCAGAUAGAGCGCGUGAUCAAAACUCCACAAGACCCAACACCUAACGCUUACUACAAUGCAGAACACAAUAUCUUGAGAGCCUACGACGGCCUUGCCUACGGCAAUCACCAAAGCAAUGCGCUGUACCCAGAGCGUGACGCCUUCGGCCGCCCUCUGCCAAUUGGCCAGCCUCAUCCGAUGCAGAACCCCUUCUACUAUGGCUACAACAAUCCGCAGCAGUAUCCCAACUAUCCACAGAUGCCACCAUUCCACCAAGGCUAUACAGGGGCUCCUCCACCACCAGAUGCAUACUCGCAUGUUCCCAUCACCCAAGGAAUGGGCCCUCCUCCAUGGUACGCCAUGGGCCCACCUCCAGGAGUCCCCCCCUCUGGCUACUAUGGACAUAGGAGCCCUGUAGCCAACAAAAACACUCCGGUGUCCAAAGCGGAGAAAAAUAAUGUUGGACCUCCCGGAACUCUUACUGGCCAGGAAAAUCCAUAUUAUAAGAGAAAGUCACAAAACAACGGAUGGGAAAGCCACCGUUCUGUGCCCACGGAAAAUGGCCAGCCUACAGGUUCCGACAAGGCUGGGUCCAACGGGUCCAACGGGUCUAACGGCUGGAACAAAAACAACGAUCAAGGAGCUGGCUGGAACGAUGGACCAACUGACAACAAGGACCAAGAUGCUUGGGCCGCAUCGGCCCCAGACAACAACCAGAACGGUAAUGCCUGGGAUGCGAGCAACAGCCAGGCAGUUGACGAUUGGAAUAACAAGACCACUCCGGAUAGUAAGCCGGAAGAUUGUUCACUGCCACAACCAACCGGCGAGGGAGAUCAGAAUCAAAACGACUCGGGAGAAGGCUCGAACCAUUCGAAAAAGAGCGGAGAGCAUUGGGGCGAGGACACGUUCCCAGGCGCCUGGGGGGGUGAACAACAGACCACAAGCAGUGUUGGGCAAGGAGCUGACAACAACGUAGGCAUCUGGGCUCCCACGGACAUAAAUGGAAGUGUGCAUGGGUAUAGAAAGGGAGAUGGAGACGGAAACCAAAAACCUCCAGAUCGUGACAACGUCAUGCCUGGGACAUGGGUUGACGCCCCCGGAGUUACUGUGCCAGAAUGGGGAGAUGCUAGUGCAGCACAGGACACGAACGGCCAAGCCGUACACUGGUGA